AUUUUUGCUCAGAGACUCAAAUUAGUUAAAAAACAAAUAGAAAAUUACCAGUUUUAACAAUCAGUUGUUCCCUUAUUUGUUCAUUAGUAUAUAAGCCAACUAUAUCCAUCAAUUUUAUUUGAAUAUCCCUAGGCUUUAUUGAAUGACAGCAAAAUGUAUAUACUACCUCAGUGCUUAGGACUUAAAAAAUAAGAAAAAAACUUUUCGUUGAUAAGCCAUUUAGUCGCUUAACUCGAUUUUGGUACCUUGAAGACCACCAUGUCGUCUUGUCUGUAUGAUCUGGACACCUCUGGAGGGCUCAUGGAUGAAAUCCAAGCUCUCAUAGCUCCACCAGACAGCAAGAAGAAGGAAAAAGAAGAAAAACCGGCACACCCUUACUUCAAGCGACCUGGAAAGGGACACAAUCACGACUUUUGCGACGCAUGUGGCGAAGGAGGUGACCUCAUUUGUUGCGACAAGUGCCCCAGUAGCUUUCAUUUAAAUUGCCAUGAUCCUCCUUUGGACUUUGAUGAUAUCCCUGAAGGCGAGUGGCUUUGUCAUAGCUGCAAAUAUCAGAAAAAACAGGCGAAAGCUGCGAGUCUUAGGAAAAGGUCGGACAGUUCUUCUUCUACCACAAGCACAAAAUCAUCCAAAAAAUCCAAAUUAAGUCCAAUAGAAUAUCUUAUUGAAGCUGCCAGUGCAAUGAACCCUACCCAGUUUGAACUCCCAUUUGAGAUGAGCUUACCUAAUAGCCAUUUUCCUGGAGGGGAUAAAGCGGAAGCUCUUCCUAAAAAGAAGCAUAAGGACUUUGAAAGGUUACCUAAUGGUUUGGUGCCGUUACCAGCAAAAAAAUGUUUUGAGUGUUACAAGUCGUGUCGAGUGGCUCCUUUGAUUGAAUGCGACUUUUGUCCAUCGUAUUUUCACUUGGACUGUUUGGAUCCACCGCUUACUACGCCUCCCACCACGAUAUGGAUGUGUCCGCUACACAUUGAACACACUUUGGAUUCAAAUUUGCUCACAUCAGUAUCUUUGAGUGAACGGGUGCAACUGUGGGAUAAAUUUUCUACCCCGGUGGAUCAGGAUGCGAUAAAAUUGGAGUUUUUUAGGAAAAUCCGAAGGAAAAAUCCCCCGUUUCGGAUUAAACAGACUUUAGCACCAAGGCGAAGGGUUCAGGUGCCAGAAAUGGUCAAGUAUCACUAUAAAAAGCCUGUACAAUUGUUACCAAGUUUAAAGGACGUAUUAAGGAUAGAACAUGUAUAUAAUAAAAAUAGAGUUAAAGAGAGUACACUUAAUGGUAAUAUAUCAGGAUGUUCUAGUGAGGAAACGAUGGAAGAUCUUAUAGCUAUUAAGGAAGAAAGUGAUAGUGGUGUCCAAUUUAACGGGGUGGAGAAAAAUGACACACAUUGUGAUAUUAGUGAUGUAAGUAAUGUUAAGGAAUUCUCUUCAUCCCCAAUCGACCCAAAACCGCCACCCGUAACCGUAAAAGCCGACCCAACUGAUACUCCCGCCACAUGCAUCAACAUUACAAACAAUCACAUAUACAUGAAUAACGUUUUAAACGUAAACGUGAACUGCAGCAAUAACGUAAUUACGUGUAAAACCCGAGAAAAUGGCGAUCGGGAGCUCAACAAGGGUUACUUCGAAAAGGAUUUAUUAAAAAAAGAAGAAAACAUAAUAAAGGACAUUAUGGAGGGAUGUUUCAGUCAUGACGUCGAAUCCGAUGCAAAAUUACUGGACGAUCGGUUAUUAAAAAUUCUGGCCUACCAGCGAUUACAACAAUUAGCCACAAGUCUUAAUCAUAACCAAAACAACAACGUAAGCACCUACAGUCAAGGAAACAACGGAAAUAAUUUAAAAAAUAUGCCUUUACCAAGUGAAUUGCUGACUGCCGCUGAUAUCGAUAGGAUAUCAAGGGUUUUCGCAAGUCCGAAAAGACGACACAGGUCCAGAUCGUUGAUCAGGGCGAGGGCCAUGUUAUGUCCUAUAGUUUCGAAACAUUUCUAUAAUGUCAGAACGAGAGAAGUCGAUCCUACUGACGUUAGACAUGAUGCCAGUUUUAUGGGAUUCAGACCUACAGUUUCCACAAGAUUCCCAGAUGCAGUGGCGAUGCGUUAUCGAAUAUUAAAUGUUGGUCGAGGAUCAUCUAACGAUGUCGACUUGGAAAAGUUCGGAUAUUGUAAUUAUAUCGUUCCGAAACAUGCCACAAUUUUUUUCGAUGAUUAUACGAAAGCCUAUGAAUUAAUAAACUAUUCACCGAGCGGCACUUACGUGAACAACGUUUUAUAUUCGAAUAACGUAAUGAUAAACAGAGCGAUCGAACCGCAGAUAGGAGAUACGGUCGAAGGGGCGGAUAAGGGAACUAACGUUAAUUUGAGUCCCGACGAGAAGGCCGCGAAUGUAGAGUGUCAAGUAAGAGAUUUAAUAAACCGUAAACGGAAAUUCGGUCGUUCUGACAGUGUAGGCAGUAACGGAAGUAUGGGGAAACGGGAGGCGAAGAUGGCCGCCGAAUGGACUGAUAGAGUCGAAUGCUGCUGCACCUUAAACAGCGAAGAACUAAAGCGGGGCUGGGAGGGCUCUGCCAUCCUUAAUCAUGGUUCCUUAUUGAAAUUCGGAUGUAUAGGUUUCGUCUUUUCUAUUGUUGAAAACUCUCUUUAGUAUUAAUUAAUUUUUUUCGUUUCAAUUUAAAAGCUGGUAUGUUUUUUUUUUGUUUUAGUUAGAAAUAUAUACAGGGUAUGGCAGAUCGUUUGCCAAAUAAUGAAGCCGUAAUAUUCUCAGUCAAAAGUCUUAUAAUUUUUGAAAUAUUGACUUUUAAAUAUUUUUUUUUUUUCAGUGAAAUCAAAUGUGAGUUACAAUCAAUUAUUUUGAAAUAAAGAGCUUAAAAAAUGUUUGAGAAAUUGUUUAGAUACAGUAAUGCAUAGAAAACCAACCCAAAACGUGGGCCAAAAAUUUGAUUUGUCAAAAUAAACUUAAGUAUAUUAUUUCUUUAGCAUCGGCACUUAAAUGCCUUCUUCUAAAGGUGUUACUACAGGAUGGCUCACUGUCAAAACCGGCCCAUGUUCGCCACAGUUUUUCGCUAUAAUGCCACAAAAAAUAACUUGCUUACAACAACAUUAGCCACUAAAGUUAACUCGUAAAGAACUUAAUUAUAACUAAGUUCUCGCACUCAAUUUGUUCUUAUUUAUAUUAGACCCUACGUAGGUCCUUACAGACGUAAAGGUAGUUAUAAUACUUACAGACCUAACAUCACAAGUUUUAAGUCGGGCUUUAAGGUUUUGUGGAUUGAGUGGUUUGUAGUUUAAAUGAAAAUAUCGGAAAAAAAUUGUAAUGGUCGUCUUGCAUGUUGUGUUCAAUUCUAGAAGUAUACCUCCGAUAAACCUCCUUAGGCAUAUGAUUAAUGUUCAAUUUAACUUGUUUAGAUCUAUUCCAACAGAUUAUGUUUAAUUCACAAUCCUUCAAUUGCCUUUAGAUAGAAUUUAUAAAAAAUAUAUCCAAAAAUGUAUUAGGUACAUUUAUCACAUUAUCUAAUUGCUCUAAUUCCAAUAGAUUCAUAAAGCUAUAGGCAUCUAUCACAUCUAAUGGUUGAUCUAUGUAAUUGCCAGGAUUUUCAUGUCACAAUGUUUUUACCAUAAAUAAAUCGAACUGAUACUAGAAACGAAAAUGGCAUAUGAAUGUAUAAAUAUACCUCCCAACAUAUCAAAUCUUCAUAAAAGGUAAAUUUAAAUAUUUUAAGGGUCAAUAUUUCCAAUAUUAUGUGACUUUCUAUCAUGCAAUGAGAGCUAAAUAUCUUUUAAGUGAUCAUACCUACCCACUUAUGUUUAUUUAUGCAAUCAUCUGUCAAAUACCCUGUAUAGUUGGUACCAACGAGGUUCGUGUGAUCAAAAAAGCUGCCAUAAUAUCAUAGAAACGAGUCAUAAAUUAAUAAAUCUUCUAAUGAAAAAAUACCUUAUGUAGUUUUUUCCAUAGAAGGUAUUCUGUUUCGCUUUAAUUAUACAGAGAGGGUGGCCUAUUGAAUAUCAAAAAUAUUUAUUGAAUAACUGCAGUUUAAAUCUAUUUAUAUGGCGGGUACUGCAUGAAAAUGUUUAAUGACUAGCUAAUGGAAAGAAAGGAAAUCCAGUAUGUUUUUUAUAAUACUCUUAAACAUUAGGGAUGUUUUUUUAAAUACAAAUAUUUCAAGCAGUAUUUUCUUUCGUCAUUCCUAAGAGAUAAUAGUGAAACUCCUAUUUACAACCGAGUAUCAAAAUUAACCUAUAAUAUUUAUUGAAAAGCUCCUUACUUUGCUCAAUUCACAUGGUUUCAGCUUUUCUUGAACAAGGUCUUACUGUUUUAUACGUCUUUGAUCGGUCACCCUAUGUGCAAGGUGGUUUUUAUAAAUUCUAAAACUCGAGUUUUUAUUUAAAAGUUAAUUUUAAGUUUUGCUGGAGAAGAAAUUUGUAAAUAUAAUUUUAGUAACAUAGAUCUAAAUGUAUUUUUAAUAUUAGGUAAAUUAUUGAGGUUAAUAUUUGUAUAUGAAUUAUUACUUGAGGUUUAUCCACGGUUCUCCCUCUUUUUAUUUUUAAUCGAAUCUGUUGAAAUACAAAUUAUUUUUAUUUA